AAAUUAAACUAGAAAAGUCAGCUGCAUUGCAUACGAAAAUAGGGUUUAUCCUUUAGGUAUCUAUCUAUCUAGUAUAGGAAUUUUCUAUAUUUUAUAUCAUUACUAAUUGAGUACCAAAAAUUAACAAAUAUUGUCUAACACGUCACACGAUUAGUUCCUAGUUAAUAAAAUAUAAAAGAGAAGAGACUACGAAGCUUUAGGUUAAAAAGACUGUAUUGAAUUGUAUAACCAAACCCACCCACGCCACCGGCCACACUCAUACAUUACACACUCUUACUCACCUCACCUCCUCUUCACCUUCGCCGCCCUACCGAACUUCUUCCGGAGCCGGAGAAAAUGGAUUGCACCACUGCCCUUUUGCCUGGCCUUCACGCUAAUUACCUUCUCUGCCCCUCCCGCCAUUCUUUUUCUCUUCUUUCCAAAACCCAUUUCUCUUCUCCCCUCAAGUUACUGCUCCAAACAAAGCAGCUUUCUUUUGCUUCUUCUCAAAAAAUUUCUCCGGUUUUUUGCAAUGCUACAUUGUCUGAUGCUCGCAGUGAAACAGUUGAAUUAGCAAACAUUGAUUGGGACAACCUUGGAUUUGCGUUUCUUCCUACUGAUUAUAUGUAUAACAUGAAAUGUUCUCAAGGUGAGGGCUUUUCAAAUGGUGAAUUACAACGAUUUGGGAACAUUGAGUUGAGCCCUUCAGCUGGAGUUUUGAACUAUGGCCAGGGGCUGUUUGAGGGUCUUAAAGCCUAUCGGAAAGAAGAUGGAAAUAUACUCCUGUUUCGUCCUGAGGAGAAUGCACUGCGGAUGAGACUGGGUGCUGAACGGAUGUGCAUGCCAUCACCGACUGUUGAACAAUUUGUGGAUGCUGUAAAGGCCACUGUCUUAGCAAACAAACGUUGGAUUCCUCCUGCUGGUAAAGGAUCCUUGUAUAUUAGGCCAUUGCUAAUGGGGAGUGGAGCAGUUCUUGGUCUUGCACCUGCUCCUGAGUACACAUUUCUGAUUUAUGUUUCACCUGUUGGAAACUAUUUUAAGGAAGGUGUGGCACCGAUUCAUCUAAUUAUUGAGCAUGAUUUGCACCGUGCAACUCCAGGAGGUACUGGAGGUGUAAAGACUAUAGGAAACUAUGCUGCAGUUCUCAAGGCUCAAUCGGCUGCUAAAGAACAAGGGUAUUCAGAUGUUCUCUACCUAGAUUGUGUGCACAAAAAAUAUCUAGAGGAGGUCUCCUCUUGCAACAUUUUUGUUGUGAAGGGUAAAGUUAUCUCUACUCCUGAAAUUAAAGGGACGAUCUUACCUGGUAUUACUCGAAAGAGUAUCAUUGAUGUUGCUCGUAGCCAAGGAUUUCAGGUUGAGGAGCGUCUUGUGACUGUUGAUGAGUUACUCGAUGCGGACGAAGUAUUCUGUACGGGAACAGCUGUUGUUGUAUCACCUGUGGGAAGUAUUACUUAUCGCGGUGAAAGGGUGCUCUACAACAAGGGAGGUGUUGGUGCUGUGUCGCAGCAACUCUACUCGGUGCUUACCAGAUUACAGAUGGGUCUUGUAAAGGACAAUAUGAAUUGGACCGUCGAGCUGAGCUAAAACAAACUCAACGAAACAAAUAAUGAUGAAAAAUUUAAAAGCAUCGUCACCUUUGUUGAGGUUUGCAAACUUUCAUUUUCCAUCUGUGCUAUGUCAAAGACAGACUUAUUAUUCUAUUCGCUUUCAUAUUUGGGAAUAUGUAGGUUGCACAUAUAAUAAAACAAUUCAGGUGUUUUCUAGCCCUUGCUUGUGCACAUAAGGGUUAUUAUUAUUAUUAUUUUUCAUUUUAUUUAACUAAUAUCAAAAUUAUAUAAUCAUAUAAUAUUUACCUCAACAA